AACUGUGGAACCACCCAGCUCAGCAGCCAGAGCAGCAGCUCGGGCAGCAAGAGCAGACCAAGCAGCUACCCUGGGCAUCCUUUCAAACGGCUGCAGGCUUGUCUUCUCUUUCCCUUGCUGGGAACAUGGGAGCUUCUUUGCCCUUCCUGCCAGGCAGGAUAACACUUUGGGAACCCACUGAAAUAUGUCAGUUCUUUUCUCAGAUUCUGGGGUUUCUGCAAGUCAUCUAAACCAAGGUCCUUUCUGAAACUCUCUUUCUUUUAAGGAUCCUGAUUGGGAUUUAUUUUGUUUUUUCCAUCUCAGAUAUUGCUAUAUAGAUUGGUUUUUCAUCGUUACCCAUCCCGGUUAACUUUCCUGUGACUCAGUUUAACUCUUGAGAUCUACAUGGAUGGCUAUUCUUAAAAGCACUUUUCUUACCUUUUCUGUCCCUUUCUGGGGUUGGAUUUGAUAUUAAUUGGACUCAGUGUGCCUGUGUGUGUUCUGAUUGGUCUGAAAAUUUUCUUUCUUUCACAAGAACUAUACAUUAACUGUAACCAAGACCUGGGAAUAAUCGUAGGCUUGGCUUGAUCUUGAUUUUUGGGACUUUGUUGGAAGAUCUGAUUGCAUUUCACGAAGUUAUUGCUCUCCAUCCACUGUUCAGGUUUUAAGCUGCUUUGCCAGCUUCCGUGACAUAGUCACUUCUGGACAAUUCUGAUUUUUUUAAUAUACUAACUUUUUGUCCCCCGCCCCUUCUUAAAUAUUAUGAGCCCUUUUGGGGGUCUGGUGGAGGAGCUUCAUUCUACUCUUUGAUGUGAUUGAUAGUCCUGCCAUUCCUUGUGGCUGAUUUUUGUUUUAAAAUACAAUGGCUUUGAGUGGAAACUGCAGGACUUACCUCCCUCCUAGAGAACAAGGGGCUGGUCUACAUUCCUUCCCAGAGGUGGUGGAGCUAAACGUAGGUGGUCAAGUAUACUUCACUCGCCAUUCCACCUUGGUGGGCAUCCCCCACUCAUUGCUGUGGAAAAUGUUCACUCCCAAGAGAGACACAGCCAGUGAUCUAGCUAAGGACUCCAAGGGAAGGUUCUUCAUUGAUAGAGAUGGUUUCCUCUUCCGCUACAUUCUGGACUAUCUCAGGGACAAGCAAGUGGUCCUGCCUGAUCACUUCCCAGAAAAGGGAAGGCUUAAAAGGGAAGCUGAAUAUUUUCAGCUCCCAGACUUGGUCAAACUCCUAACUCCUGAUGAUGUCAAGCAAAGCCCCGAUGACUAUUGCCACAGCGACUAUGAGGAGGUCUCCCAAGGCAGUGACACAAGAAUAUGCCCCCCAUCAUCGCUCUUACCUUCAGAUCGAAAAUGGGGUUUCAUUACCAUUGGGUACAGGGGGUCGUGCACCAUGGGCAGAGAGAGCCAAGCUGAUGCCAAGUUCAGGAGAGUCCCGAGGAUUUUGGUUUGUGGAAGGAUUGCUCUAGUCAAAGAGGUCUUUGGAGAAAGUUUGAAUGAGAGUAGAGACCCAGACAGGGCACCGGAAAGAUACACCUCCAGGUUCUAUCUCAAGUUCAAGCACCUGGAGAGGGCUUUUGACAUGUUGUCAGAAUGUGGAUUCCACAUGGUGGCCUGCAAUUCCUCAGUGACGGCUUCUUUUGUCAAUCAGUACACAGAUGAUAAAGUCUGGUCCAGCUACACUGAAUAUGUCUUCUACCGUGAGCCUUCAAGGUGGUCUUCAUCCCAUUGUGACUGCUGCUGCAAAAAUGGCAAAGGAGAUAAAGAGGGGGAAAGUGGCACAUCUUGCAAUGAACUAUCCACUUCCAGCUGUGACAGCCAAUCAGAAGCCAGCUCCCCACAAGAGACUGUCAUCUGUGGCCCUGUCACCCGCCAGCCCAACAUACAGACUCUAGAUCGGCCAAUCAAGAAGGGCCCAGUACAGCUACUUCAGCAGUCUGAAAUCCGAAGAAAAAGUGACCUGCUCCGAACUCUAACGUCUGGCUCCAGGGAAUCCAACUCUAGCAAAAAAAAAGCAGUGAAAGAAAAGCUCUCUAUUGAGGAAGAGUUAGAAAAAUGCAUCCAGGAUUUCCUUAAAAUCAAAAUCCCAGACAGGUUUCCAGAAAGGAAACACCCCUGGCAAUCUGAACUGCUACGAAAGUAUCAUCUAUAAGAGUGGGGCGGGGCAGGGGGAAAAUAACCUUAUUACAAUUUACAGAUCAAGAUCCUUAACGAUAAGGAAAUAAAAGGAAUCAUAACAAUUUGUUAGGUCACAAAACAAAUCCAUCUUGAUAGUACUGCCUAAUUUGCCUAUUUCACCUUAACAUUUAUAGUCACAGGGUAAUGAUAUUUUUCAAGUUGUGGAAGCACAAUGAAAAAUGCUUUUGUUUGUAAGCUCCUAGUCUUACGCAAGCUGAAUACACUAAAGGCACAACAACAUUACCAACUAAAGAAACCCACACACAGAUGCAUCUGGUGCCGGUAGAGAAAGUCCCACACAUGAUCAGGCAGUGGCCGGGGGGGUUCCGCAAACUACAUGCCUUUUGAGUUCUCCUUUUAAUUAAUUUAUUUGGAGGAGUCAGGGAGGGGCAGAUGUACAUGAUUUAAAGAAACAUGCUAUGCCAUGUCAGUUUACACGAAGGAUGUGUGUAUAUAUAUAUAUAUACGUAUGUAUACACAUGAAUAUACAUAUACAUGUGUGUAUAUUUAUAUUGCAUAAUGAAUUUUUCUGGUUCUCUCCUUAUAACUGCACUUUCUCAACAACAACAAUGAAAAAGCAAUUGUUAGCACUCUGUGUGCUCCAUUUCCCCUCUAGCUUUAUGAGGUGUGAACAGUAGAAGACCAUCUCUCUCCAUCUGUUAUUUUUUGGGGCGGGGGGAGUUUGGAAGUGGAGCACUGUAAAAGUGUCUGUGUCUGUUGCAACUGUGGGCAAAAUAUUCCAGGAAUUUUUGACUAUGAUGUAUAUUUUAAUCUCCUUUGUUCCAACACCUCUUCCCCAAAGCUUCCGGAUGACAAAGGGUUUAUUAAGGAACGAUUCAAAUUGGAAAGGGGGAUCCAGAGAUGGCGGGUCAAGCCGCUGAGCCAGUGAUCUCAGCUGAUUUAUGUAAGCCUGCCAGACCCUGCUGCCAAAGAGUCUUUGGCCCAAACCAAUGAGGAGAGCCGCCUCCCGUUCCCAUCCGACGCAGAUGCAAUUAUAAGAAAUUAUAAACCUAACAAGAUGCAUUUUGUGCUCUGACUGGCAGGAAAUUGAUUGUUAAAAUGGCAGGCACCAUGCCAUUCCAGCUAGAUACAUUUCAAAAGGAAAUUAAAAAUUGAAUAGAAACCAAACACACUCUGUAAUGGAAACUGCCUUAUCAGCAUCCUUUCUGUAGUCUGUAGGAUAACCCAUUGGGUGGCAGGCUUAAUUUAGUACCAUUUGUUAUCCAUAAUGUGUAAUAAAUGGGAAAUUAUCAGCAAGCUCAGUUUGAUGGGACUGCGGGGAAGAAGGGAUGCCGCACGCAGGCACAGCAGUACAAGAACCUACUGAGCCCAGGCAACAACAACAAAAAAGCACAGUCCUUCCUUGACAGGUUCGCCUAAAACUGCCUCUUAGUUGUCAUUCCGGAGCUAAUUCUUUCCACAGACCAGUAAGAACCUGAUGUCCCUCAACAGUCCAGUGGGAGCCAAAGGUCCCAUGGAUGGGAUUUGAAAAGUGAAGAGUCAGGUAAUGAAGGGGAGUCCCAGGGACAGACUGCAUCUGGUGGGAUGAGAUUGGUGUCUAAACAGUCUGUAAAGCAGUUACCUAGAGAUGCAUUGCAUCAAUGGGUCCACGUGGGCCUUCCACUGGCUGCAGAUGGGAGCUAGUUAGCUGGGGAGUUUGGCACAUGUCAAUCAAUGUCUCAAGACAUAAAGUGAGAGGCACAGAAACCAAUAAAGCCGAUAGCUUUAUAAGCGGUGAUAUUGCCUUGUUUAGAAUCAGUAACAUUUCUAAAGCUUCACUAUCUCUAGCAUUCCCAAUUCACAAUGCUACAAGGGAGAUGACUUCAAGUGUGCAUAGAGUAGAGGUACAUUUGGAUUGAACGUAGUAUAUUUGAGUAGGUCUGAGGCCCAGCCUCCUUGCCUGCAGGUGCAAUUUGCUCCCACAUAAUUUGAACUUACAUAAUUUUUUUUUGCACCUGCAAAAUGAACUGUGAUGGCAAAUCUGCAUAAUCAGAUAGGUAAAGGGCCUAUCAUUCAGAUUUGUGCCUACCAUUGAACUGCGAGUGCAAUGCAGGCACAGGUUUUGUGGAUGCUAAUUGCAUGUGCAAAAGGGAAGUGACGUGUCUCAAACUACUGAAAAAUGUGAGACGCUUGUGAACAGAGCUGAGCAUAAACCAAAUCCCCAGAUCAAAACACCCUCAAAUUACAGGGAUAUGAGAUCUGGAUUUUGUAGUUUGGAGUCAUCUCUAGUUAAGGUUGCAAGGGUUUACCAAGAUAUUUUACAUGAGAGAGGGAUGCUAGUUCUAGGGAUUCCUAAUUAUUGUCAUGUGUAGAGUAAAUAUAGUAAGCAAAAGCCUGACCUGAGAAGUGCUGAGCUAAAUUGGACAGCUCUGCACGACACAGGAUCAGGCACUAAACAAAUUCAGUUAUUAAAACACAUGUUCACACUCAAACACAUGCAUUUCAGAUGCACACCUACCCACAUUCACAUGCUUGCACACACAUAUUCACAUGCACCUUUGCACAUCCAUGUGCUCACACACAUACAUCCCUCUGCUUGCCACAGCUUUGCUUUUCCUCUUUUUAAAAACAAUUCUCUCUCUUGUACAUUCACUCGUCCCUAUUUACAGCUGCUGACCUGGAAUCACUCUUGAUAGCACUGUGUUAAAAAGUUUUCCUGCAACUUUCCUUGUGUGUGUCGAUGCAAAGCAAGAACAGUAGGCUGGCUCCCAAGACAUACGGAUUGGCUUAAAUGGUGCUUUUUCUCUUUCUUGUUAUGUCCACACCAGAGAACAGCUCCGUUGUCUCUGACACUUUAAGACUUCGAAACUGUGAUUUUUCUAUUUUGAGCCAGUCAGUAUCAGGAAGACAUGCCAAAUCAGAAAGUGAGCCUUUUGCGAGGUUUUGUACCAUCAGGCAUUAUGCAGCAUCCUCCUCCACUAUCAGUUCUGCCUCUGCAAGUCACAAGGAAGAAGUCUAACAUUAAUUCAUUGUAUUAGCAAAUUAGGGAGAAAAUGAGCAGAGGGUUGACUCUCGCUCUCGCUUCAGCAGGAAUUUGUUUUGAGAUUUCCAUGCACAACAUAGACCAUUUCUCUACUUUGAUAACCCAGAAUGGCUAGAACCUGGCAUCCUCAGCUUCAGAGUUUCACUUUUUCUUUUUCUUUUUAAUCUCAAAAACAUUACACAAUAUGAGGGACCAAGAGAGGGAGCGUGUACCCUGUUUUUCUUUCUUUCUCUCAGAGUUUGAAUGGACUUGACUCAGUUUGCACAGGACUGUACAAUGAUUAAUAUCUGCAGAAAAAAUUAGACCAAAUGAAAUGCACCAGAAUGGGUUUGAUCCAUGUGGCCUUCAUAUUUCCCGUUUUAGAUUAAAUGGUUAUUACUCUGCACCACUACCGAAAUAAGAGUCUUGAACUUUAAUAAUCACUAGCCGGAAAGCUUAUAUGUAUAUUCUGCUUUGUUACUGUAGGGAACUUAUAUAGUAUAUCCAUUCCUAGGACCAAAUUUAUCUCAGGAUUAACUCCAUUGACUAUGGUGAAGUUCCAUCAGAGAUAGCUUUGUUCCCUGGUGAUUUCAGCUCUCCAUUUCAGGUCAUGCUCCUCAUUAUUUCAAUUGAAAGAGUGACUGCUCUACUUGUGUAACAUCAGUAUAGACUUCCUGGGCCUGAUUCGACGGGAUGGUUACAGUUGAAGCUGGAGGGGUGAAUCCCAGCUUGUGCAGACAUAAUGCUAGCUCUCUCCAAGCUAGCAUGCUAAAUAUGCUCCUUGCUUAACGUUGUAGUUUUGUUCCUGAAAAAUGCUACUUUAAGCAAAACGAUGUUAAGCGAAUCCAAUUUCCCCAUAAGAAUUAAUGUAAAUGGGGGGUGUGGUUAGGUUCCAGGGAAUUUUUUUUUUGCCAGGCAAAAGCCAUUAUAUACAUAUGCAGUAUAAGUUUUAAAUAAUUGUAAACGAACAAUUUGAUACUGUACUCACCAAUGAUGAUUGUGAAGCUUGGUUGAGGCAGGGGCAUAGUGGGGUUGGGGCACGGAGGCUUGUUGGCUCCCCUUCUCUGCCUACAGCUCCUGCUGGGGAGUGGGGUCGGUGGCUUGCCUGCUCCCUGGCAGGAAUGACGGGCAGGCGGAGAGGGGUAAGCUCCCAUGCCCCGAUCCCACUCCUGAGCAGGAGCGCCAGGUGGGCGGAGUGGGGCAAGCCCCCAUGCCCCGACCCCACUUGCCGGCAGGAGCUGCGGGUGGAGCAGGGGAGCCAAACAACCUUAUAAUGGAACAUUGCACAACUUUAAAUGAGUAUGUUCUCUAAUAGAUCAGCAACCUAAUAAAGCAACAAUGUUAACCAGGACAACUUUAAGUGAGGAGUUACGGUACUGUAGUCCCAGUAGCACGGACAGUGGUGAGUGGUGGGAGAGGCUAGUCAGCCUGAGUGCAAACCCCAUGAGUCUGUACCCUGGUGGUGAGCCCGGGCUGCUGCAACGACACUAUUAUAUUUAAUGUGCUAGUUUCAAUGAGAACAAGCUAGGAAUUGCGACCCCCAGCUCCAUGUGUAGGCAUAACUUUGCACUGCCUUGGCAAUGUAAAGUCACCCACUUUGAGAUUGGUUUACAGUGCUGGAUUGGUGUACGAGGCCUUCAUGAAAAUGAGAAUCUGGCCCCUCAGUGAAAUGCUUUUUGCCCAUAAGUGUCUUAAGUAAAUUCUUCUGUUUGGGGUACGUGCUGCCUUGGGAAGGAGCUUGGACAGCUCUGCAUGGGACGUAUCCUAAAAACAGCCCAGAGAGGACUAAACUCAAACUGGUCCCCGUUGCUGCCUGUAUGUGUCAAAGAGUUUUCCCAAUCCCUUUCUAGCCUCAGAGCUAGGAAGCUGAUGUGGAACUCGCGGCUCCCGCAUGGCAGUGUAUGUGCUGUGCAGAAACAAACGCAUAUGUUUCAUUUUUUUACAGCCUGUUACUCAAUGCAAGAGGAACCCUAGACACAGCAAUCCUCUAAAAUUAGGCACUUACUUGAAAAGACAAACCGUUCUGCUGGGAAUAUCAGCUUCCGAAAGGAGAGUAAGAAAUAGCAUGCGCUGACUGGGUUCUGUGAGUCAGGUCACAGAAAAUGGCCAGAUAGGAAGGAACUACACUUUUCCCUUAAAGAUGCUCCCUCCAUAUUAUUGUUAGUUAUGGCUGGGACUUAAGGAAGUUAGGUGCCAACUUUCAAUUGAUGAUGAGUGCCUAACUCCCUUAGGCCCUUUUAACAAAACAAGUCUUAUAUCGUCAAUUGUUUGCAGGAGCACCCAUAAUGUGGUGAGUGCUGUGCUAAUGAUGAGAGCACAGUCCCUGCCUGCAAGAUAAGAGACACGCAGACGAAUAGACCAACUACAAGGGGUACACGUACAAUGUAAAAGUGCAGUGCUCAGUGGGAUGACGGGCCAGGCUUGGAUAGUAGGGAGUUAAUAUGGGGUUUAUUAGGCAUAUAAACUAUCCCUCCAUGUUAUCCUCAUUCUUGCUGUUUGUACUGGGUUAAUUUCUUGUAGGUGCAUGGGUUUCUGAGGAAGGAAUUUGGUCUCUAUAUGGGGGGUUGAUUAUCAGAGGCCCUUGCUUGUCUGCUCAGGGUCUGGGUGGUGCCCAAGAAGCCACACCCCAAUUUGCAUAGCUAUGCAAGAAUUUCCCAUGAUAGUAGGCUCUGUGCAUCCUAUGCUUUGGAGAGUGAAGGGGCUGUUUGCUCACUCUCUCUACUCAGGAAACAGGAUGUUGAAAAGGGGUGGGAUGUUGGCUGUCCCCCCCCCCGCCCCGCACUAGCUGCAGGCUGGUGCACCAGGGAAACUGUUUCCACUCGCACUCCUCCUUCCUCCCUCCCUGGCUUCCCCUCCAGUGCACACAGAAAAGCUGCAGAGAUUUGCCUGUCUGUCAGGUGCUUCUCCUGGUGUGGCGUGGGGCUGUCCUACCCAUUACUGCCUGAAGAAUAAAGCCACAAUCAAGACUUAAUCAUUAGCGGUAUUGGUGGAGGGGUUGAUAUGUGCGAAGCUUACACUGCUUCUGCCUCUGAUGUGCGCAUUCUGUGGAGAGAGGACUUUGGACUCUAGAAGUGUCACUCUGGCACCUGUCUUUAACACUAAAGUAGAAGAAAUGAGGGGAAAUUACAUACCCCCAGAUUAGGAGCCGUCGUGGGCAUUGUCCAGACAGGGUAAUUUUUCUGUUACUCAAUGUGACAGUGGUAGUCGCAAUUCUUACAUUAGGAUAUCAACUCUCUUCACUGUACAGACUCUUUUUUUUUUCUUGUCAGCCUGAUCUCAGCGCUGGCCUUUUCAUUCAUUUACAUGCAGCAAUGGGUUAGAACCGAGCAGCAGGCCCUUUACUGGCCCCAUAAUAAACACAAGCAGCUGACAGUACCUAGAGAUGUAAUGAGGGGCUGAUUUUUUUUUCUUCUCUGAGAACUGUAAUAUAUAAACUUUGGAAGACUUGAUCUGUGUGUAUGUGUGUGUAUGCACCCACACACACAGGACUUUGUGGAGUUUGUUCUCAUAGAUUUAUAGGGCACAGGACUACUCAUAGCGCUCUGUUAGAAGAUGCAGGAGUAAUUCCAGCAGUAGGCGGGUAGCAGAAUUGUACCUCAGUCGCAGCUGUCAGAACUAUAAUGGAAGUGAAAUGUUAUCCUUACUCAAAAUUUAAGGAGCCUUUUCAUUUCACAUGGGCUUUUCAAGCGUUUUCCCCUGGCUAUACAAAAUGAGGUAGCAAACCAUUGUCAGGGCUGUAGUCCUAGCUAUCCUUAUGUAUGUGAAUGAGAAAACUGAAAGAGGGAAGAAGAAAAGAUAGUAGAAAAACAGUAAAAAAACCCACAGAGGAUUUAAGGUGCAUGGCUAGUCAUGAAGAUCCUGUUGCCCUGCACCAUGCACAAUAAUUUACACGGGUGCAAAGAACCGAUCCUUUCCACUAGAAAUAAGCCUGCCAAAUGGCAAAAGUCUUAUUGACUUCGGCAGCAGCAAUCUUGUCCCUACAAGUUUAUCCAAUUGGGCUUAAGAAAUUAGCCUAUUUUAGAAACAAUUAUUAGGAGCUAAAUUGUGCCCUCAUAUACCCAUGUACAACUCCCAUUGAUGUCAAUAGAAGCAUUAUGUGCAUAUCUGAUGGGAGGAGCUGACCGUUGGCUAUUUCGAUUUCACUCUUAAAAAUAACUGAUUCUGUAAUGCAUCCCCAGGUUGGUUGUGCACCUUUGACCUGGGAAUUUGCCUUUGCAACAGAAUUUUCUUCCAUUGUGAAUGUGGAAAUCACCAGGCAAUUCCCUUACAAAGGCACUUGUUUAAAAUUUGCCAACAGUACAUUUCUUUCUUCCUUAGUAAAAAAAAAAACGUUUCUGGUUAGAACAAAGGAUCAGACACCAGAUACUGACAGCAAAAACAAAGCAUUCUGUAUUUGCAACUUAAGGUAACAUAGCUGCUUACAAAUGUAUACAUAUAGCUGCAAGAGGCAUAAGGUCCAAUCCAACUCCUGUUAAACUCAAUGGCAAAAACUCCCAGUGAUUUUUAAUGGCAGCAGGUUUCAACUUGGAAGUAAAAUACAGUGGAAAAUACUUAUUAGGUAAGGGCUAAGCUUGGUAAAUUCCAUUUGAUUAAGUACGCUAACUUUUGGAUUCUUAUACAUACAGGUUUGGUCUAAAGAUAGAACCAGAUAUGUUGUGAGACUAGCCUUUCUAGUAAUAUUUCCAUUACUUUUUUGCUUUAGUGAGAAAUACCAGAAAAUUAUGCGCUUUUUUUUUUUUUUUUUUUUUUUGCUAUUUCUGUUUCUGGUUGAUGCCAGGUAAUACAGAGAGUGUGAAAAUGAAAUUGAAAUAACAAAACUCAAAAGCUAACAUUUUGAGCUCUAAAAAUGUUUAUCGGGAUUGAGUUUGGAUUGAGAAUUUAGGGUCAGUCAUUUUUAUUUUAUUUUUAUCCAGCCAUGUAUGCCCAUUGUUAGAAUAUGUGUGGUCAGUUAUAUCACGGAUAUGAAGUCAAAUUGCAAUGCAAUUACCUUUCUGAAAUAUUUGGGGAACAAACUGGAUAUUUGAGUUAUUUUCCACACAUAAUAAGGGCCAAAUCCAAGUUCCUUUGAAGUCAAUUUCAAAACUUCCAUUGAGUUCAUUGGGACCAGAAUAACAAAUAAAACUUCUGUUAGUAAUAAAAAUGUGUGUGUCUGAGAGUGAGUGAGAGGAAAGCUGUUAACCUUUAAUGUGGCACAAAUGCACCCGUAUUAUGUGGUGAACAGGCCUUAUUACUUCUGUGAAGGCAUUGCAAAACCAGUCUUUGGUUAACUUGUUCCCUUUUGUGAUCUUUUAGGUACAGUUGCUGAUUUGCUUAAGACAUAGUUUAAAAAGUUCUGUUGUAAAUAGCACAAGUGCACCUUGGAGUGACUGUAUUCAGAAUACAUUAUGCAGCUGCCAUCACCUACCUUUCACAACCAUGAUGAUGUGUUGUACCCCUGGGGUAUGGGAGCCAUCCAAUGAUAAAUUCACCACUGGUGUAAGUAGGUGCAACUCUGUGGAUUUGUGUACUCUUCCUCAAGAAGUGGAUUUGGCUUGCAGCUUCUAAGGUGGCUAUCUGAAAAAUAAUCUUGUUCCUUCUGAAGGUGUUUCAUUUUCAUAAAUCCAAACACAGAGAUAUACCCCUCGAUAAGUUAAGUAGAACUCAAAGCAUAAAAGGGAGAGGAAGGAAGCGCACACAAAUCUUCAUAACUCCCAGUUACUUUUUUCGUAAGUUAUCUGUAAGUGCAGUACUUCCCAGUGUCGUGUAAAUGACUCAUAGCAGUGUGGCAGUGGAGGGCAGGUUUUGUAUUUUCAUUCCAGUUCUGAUGGGUCCAUUUGGUCUUUUUCUUUGCAAAGAAUUGUGCUGAAGUAGAAAAUGAAAGCAAGUCUGAUCACUACUGGCAAUGACCAGAAAUUAAUCAAGUGAUCCCCCCUCUCAUCCCACCACUUCUUUGCCCUAAAAACCAAAAGAAGGUAGUCCCAUUUCUUACCCUUCCAUACACCCCAUUUCAUCAGCUGUGUGUAUGCAUGUAGACUUGACUUUACAAAUACCUUAUAUAUAAGGCCCCAUGUAAAUCAUGGUACAGAACAUUGCCAAGUAUCACGGAUUGUUCAUGCCCAAAGGGGUUUUGUAUGUGGAGUAUUGGAAAGGGACAAGAAAGCACUGUUCAAAUCAUUAAAGACAUAUUUUAUGUUUUUUGGCAUUGAUAUUGCUAAUGAAAAUCAGCUUAUGAUUAUGAUGUUGUGAAUUUGAAUCUAUGGCAAGGAACAAAUAAAAAGGAACUGGUCUUUAGAACAGAAACAGAACUCCUAUUGAUGUCAGUGGGUGAAGCAUCAGGCCCAAUUGCUUUAAUGGGCAAAAUUCUUCUCUCAGCUCCAUAUAGAAACCUCUGCUCUGGUUCACGCAUGGCUCUCUCAUUGACAUCAUUAAUGGGAGCCCCUCACAUGUAGAGAAACCGGAGUAUAGGAGGGAAUGUUAGAAGAGGAUUUUGGCUUUUUGUCAGCAAUUGGUACUGAGCUAGCCAAAAAUAUAACUCAACUCUUUAGAUUUCACAUAGACACACAACCAUAGAGUAAAUGCAUCUAAUGCAAUAUUUCCACAGCAAACAUAGGAUUUUGUGUUUCUUUUGUGACUUCUGUGAUAUUGUGAUCUAUACGGGGCCUUGCUCAUAUUACAUUUUCUGACCUCAUACAAGCACUUAAUGACUUUGCCGGGCCUGAGUCAGUCUGUUGCACAUUGAUGUAUAUCAAGUGGCACCCACUGAAUUACCUCUUCUACUUUCCAAUGUGGUUCACUUGUACAUAAGUGUAAUGUCAACUUGUUUACAGGUUAUUUUGUGAGUAAUUGUAAAAAAAAAAAAAAAAAAAAGCAGUUUUAACUAAAAGUUUAAAGGAAUCAACUUUACUGGAAGGUGUUUAAAAAAAUGAAUGUGCUUAAUACAGUAUAGACAUCAUUGAUUAAGGUCUCACAUGAAUGCAUGUAUCUCCAUGUUGUCAGUCCCCACCAGUGAGGUUAUUUGGCAAUAUUCUGCAGUCUGUGAAUAGCAAAUAUACAUAAACUACUGUGACUCUAGCAAAUAUAACUCAGUACCUGUUUUUACUGUGGUAUGUAAAACAUGUAGCUUUUAGCCUGCUGUAUUUCCCUGUUAAAAAUAAAAUCCUGAAAGAAAGA